AUGCUGGAUCUACUUUCCGCUCACCUCGCUCUCAUCUGUCACAAUAUUAGCCUUCGCUGUGAUCUCCGCUGUGGCUCUGUGGGAGUGGGUGGCCUUUACGGAGGACUCGGACAGUUUGAUGCUCUGUUAGAGGUGAUCGUGGCUGGUAGAGACUGCUUGGUGGCAGGUGACUCGUGCUCCAGUGAUGAGACCUGCAGUCCUCGCUUACGGACCCUUCGACAGUGUGUGGCGGGGAAUGGUAACAUGAAGCUGGGCCCUGGGGCCAGGAGCCAGUGUGCCAAUGCAGUGUCUGCCCUGCUCUCCAGCCCCUUACACGGCUGCCAGUGCAAACGAGGCAUGAAGAAGGAGAAGAACUGCCUGAGCAUCUACUGGAGCCUGCACCAGUCUGUCAUACAUGGACUGAACCUGGUGGAGAGUUACCCCUAUGAGACAGUGCAUAAGGAUUACGACUAUGUCCGGCUGGCCUCCAUCACAGCUGACUCUGAGGUUGGCAUGACAACAGUUAACCGUUGCUUGGAUGCAGCGAAGGCCUGCAAUGUGGAUGACAUGUGCCAGAAGUUGCGUACAGAAUACGUCUCCGUGUGCAUCAAACCCACGGCCAAAUCGGGCUUGUGCAACAGGCCCAAGUGCAACAAAGCUCUCCGUAAGUUCUUUGACCGUGUUCCUGCCGACUACACACACGAGCUGCUCUUCUGCCCAUGCACUGACACGGCGUGUGCAGAAAGACGCAGGCAGACCAUCGUACCCAGCUGCUCCUACGAAAGUCCAGAGAAACCCAACUGUCUCACUCAGAUGCGGAUUUGUAAAGCCGACUACGUGUGCAGGUCUCGCCUGGCACAGUUUCAGUUCGACUGUGCUCCAUCAGAGACAUCCGCCACGGGCUGCAACCAAGACAACUACGGAGCCUGUCUCCUCGCCUACACAGGGCUCAUUGGAAGUACAAUAACUCCCAACUAUGUGGACAACUCCACGUCCAGUGUGGCCCCAUGGUGCACCUGUGCCAACAGCGGCAGCCAACGCGACGAGUGUGACGACUUCCUGGGAUACUUCGCUGACAACAUCUGUCUCCGGAAUGCUCUCAUGACGUUUGGCAGAGGAUCAGAAGUCCAGCCUGCUUCGAGUGAGUCCACAACAAUUAGCCUUGGACACAGAAACAGAGAAACCAAGAACACCAUUGCCCCAGGAACGAUGGAGACUGCAGGGAGCAUGUUGGAUCCUCUCAUUCCCACACAGGCCAUGGACAAUGAGUUACCAGUGGGCCCAGUUACUCUGCCCUCCAGCAACCUGCCCAGCCGAGCAUCAUCCCUACACUUCAUCCUUCAGACAGUUUUAAUCCUCACACUUUUACUUCAUCUCCUCAGCGAUGGAAACUAAACAAUAGACAUGGAAACUAAACAUGUUAUGAAGCCUCAUACACAUGAGAUAACGCGGCACAACUCCUUUUAAAUAUGUACAGGGACUCUCUUUUCUAGUUUUCUGUCAGUGUGCUCUACUUCCUACUGCCACUACUACUACUCUGCAAAAUGUGAGAGAUCGAACUCUGCGUGAAAAUGUGUACAGUUUUGUGCUGCUUUUCGAACUGUCCUUCUCUCCGCCACCCAACCAAAAUCUUGUCUGGAACAUAAACUCAAGUUUGUGAAAAGAUUUGUACGAAAGCAGCUAAAAAGUGACUGAGCAGGAGCGUUAUCAUCAAUAGUGGGGAAGAUAUUGAAAGUGCUUUGUGCUCAGUUAUCCAGGACAAAAGUAAGACAGAAAUACUGAGUCCAGCAAAACUUCAGAGAGAAAGCAGAGUGCGGCACUGACCUGAAUAGACUCUUCGAGAACUGCUGGCCUUUGUUAUACUCUCUCACACUAUCUCUUCAUAAGGACUUGUUGCCUUGGACUGAAGAUAUAAUCAGAAGAGAGGUUGUCCAACUUCAAAAACAGCCCUGAAAAGGCACUAACUGUUUACCUGUGGAGUUGUGCUAUGUGUACGUGAGCAUAUACUCUUUGAUUUCUCAUUGUGUCUGUGAAUAUCGCUACAUCGGGGCGGGCUACAUGUGCUUGUGCCACUAAAGGAGGUGAGUGGUUUCAAAUAUGAGAUUAAACCAACAAGA